AUACCAUUGCAGAUUUAAUCAAUAGCAAUGCGACAAAAAUAAAAUUAUACCAUUUCAUAAAACAAAAUAAAUAAAACAGUACCAAAACAAAACUAUAGCAAAGCAAUUGAAAGAGUACCAUUCCAUUUGGGCUUUCUUCUUCUGAUUAUGACGUCGGCAGAGUAGCCUUUCCAGCCAUCCCGAGAGGCCAACGGAGACGGAGAGAGAGAGAGAGACUACUUGGCCUCCAAUUUGGACGAUCUCAGCGGUGGGUACAAUGGCCAGACACGGUGGGGACAACGGCGUAGCCCGUCAGGGAGAGGGAGGGAAGUGGGAGUCGAGAGAGAGGGGUUGGCCGAUUUAGCGGUGGAGGCAAGGGCAGAGGCGACGGGAAUGGCGGCGUAACCUGGCAGGGAGAGGGAGGGAGGUGGCACGCGAGAGAGAUGGAGAAUAGGCUUGUAUUAGGGUUUUGAUAAAAUAUAUAUAAAUUAAUUUUGUUAAGGAUAGUAAUCAGAUGUGAUAUAAUUUUUGUUUCCAAAACUAUCCUUAAUCUAAUCUUGAUCGUCAAUUUUAAGAUAAGAUAAAAUAAAGCUAGUGAAGGGUGUAGAUUUUGGUAGCCACGGUGGCUACUAAACAAGUAGUAAUCACCCUAACUCAUCCCGCCCUUUCCCGGAUGACCUCAUGACACCCCCAAUGACCGCCCCUGCUCUUAUCUCCCUCUUCUUCGCUCAUUCGUGUUGAAUUUUUUUUUUCAACUUUAAAGGGGUCGUUUGGAAGUUGCGAUUGUUAAAUAAAUGUAUUGUUGAGAAUGCAUGUAUAAUAUUAUACAUGUAUUGUCGAAUUUGAUGCAUUGUAGAAUACAACAUUUGGUAUGUGUGAUUGUGUAUGUCGCAUCAGCUAAAAGCUGAGACAAAACAAUCUCAACUCAACUUUCUCAACAAUCACAACUAAAAGUUGAGAUAUAACAAUCACUCAAAAUGAGUGACAGUUUCUGUCACAUCACAGAAACAAUCCAUGUAUUGUUUCUGCUAAAAAACAAAAAAAUGAUGCAUUGUAAACAAUACAUGCAUAAUAACAAUCUCAACAAAACAAUCGCAACUUCCAAACGACCCCUUAGGUUACCUAAAAAAAUUUGAAUGAUCCAUCCAUAAAUAGUUGUCUAAUUUGAUAUAUUAAAAGAUAUUUGUUAAAACUAUAAAACACAAAAUCGUAUUUCAUAAUUUCUUCAUAAUAUCAAAAGGACACGUAGGUUUAAGUCCAGGGUGAGAUUUAUUAGAUAACAACGUCGGCUCCACUCCACCCGCGCCACGCCAACGACAGAAAUCAUGGUUACCAAUUCUCCCAGCCUGCCUCUCUCUCUCUCAUGGCCACCCUCUUCCCGAAAAGCACAAUUCCUUCAUUUCCCACAAAAUACUAACGAUAAUGAUAAUUAAUCUCCGUCAAUGAAUUCGUUUUCACGCAGCCAAAUCCAACCAAAAUAGCGUUUUACAGAUAACGACGAUACGGCAAUCAAACCCAAGAAGAAGAAGAAGAAGCAAAGUUCUAUUAAUUUCCAUCUCUCUGAUCCUCCCAACUGAAUCGUACGGUGAAAACAGCCCUUUCCCUUUCCCUUUCCCUUUCCCUUCCUCAUCGUCAUUGUCGUCCUUGAGAAGCGUGCCGUCUUGCUUUGCUUGACCCACCACCGAAAAACAGAAAGAGGGAAAAGAAAAUUUCCGUCUUUGAGCGAUCUCCCCUGCAUUGGAGCCAAACAGAGCCUUAAUUCUUUGAGCUGCUGACGAGAGAGAGGAGAGGAAACAUGGAGGAAGCAAGAGGGGUGACGAGUGCUGCCCAGCGUCGCAUGAGGGCUAUUCGCGAUCACCUCACCGGAGAUUCUACCUCGUCGACGACUCAGCUGGUUCAGAGUCCCACCGCCGGCGAGUUUUUCUCAGAGCAGGGUUACAGUGCAGUCCUUCCAGAGAAACUGCAGACUGGCAAGUGGAAUGUUUACAGAUCUGCAAGGUCUCCUUUGAAGCUUGUAUCUAGAUUCCCUGAUCACCCCGAAAUCGGCACAUUGCAUGAUAACUUUGUGCACGCUGUCGAUACAUUUCGAGACUACAAGUACCUUGGGACGCGAAUUCGAGUCGAUGGAACUGUCGGAGAGUACAAAUGGAUGACAUUUGGAGAAGCAGGCACCGCAAGAACAGCUAUAGGGUCCGGCCUAAUGUAUCAUGGAAUCGAGAAGGGUGCUCGUGUCGGAUUGUACUUUAUCAACAGACCAGAAUGGCUUAUUGUUGACCAUGCCUGCUCUGCAUACUCUUAUGUAUCAGUUCCACUAUACGACACUCUUGGUCCGGAUGCUGUCAAGUACAUUGUAAAUCAUGCUGUUGUACAAGCCAUUUUCUGUGUGCCUGAAACCCUGAAUUCUUUGCUGAGCUUUCUGUCAGAGAUUCCAUCUGUUCGGGUUAUUGUGGUUGUUGGGGGGAUCGACGAUCAAAUGCCAUCUCUUCCAUCAUCAACUGGCGUUCAGGUUGUAACCUAUUCAAAGCUGCUCACCCAGGGUCGCAGUAAUCUUCACCCUUUUUGCCCACCAAAACCAGAAGAUACUGCUACAAUCUGCUACACAAGUGGCACCACCGGGACACCGAAGGGGGCUGUACUGAGCCAUGAGAAUCUGAUUGCUAAUGUGGCUGGGGCCACAUUAACCACUAAGUUCUACCCAUCAGAUGUUUACAUAUCAUAUCUACCUUUGGCACACAUUUACGAGCGGGCGAAUCAGGUCAUGACGGCGUAUUUCGGAGUAGCUGUUGGAUUCUACCAGGGGGAUAACUUGAAACUGAUGGAUGAUCUGGCUGCACUUAGACCUACUAUAUUCUGCAGCGUCCCUCGGCUCUACAAUAGAAUAUAUGCCGGUAUUACUAACACUGUGAAGAGUUCUGGCGGACUAAGGGAGAGGCUAUUCAAUGCUGCAUACAAUGCCAAAAAGCAGGCCUUACAGAACGGAAAAAAUGCAUCUCCAAUGUGGGACAGAUUGGUGUUCAACAAGAUCCGUGAGAAACUUGGGGGACGAGUUCGGUAUGUUGUCUCAGGAGCUUCACCAUUAUCUCCUGAUGUCUUGGAGUUCAUGAAGAUCUGCUUUGGUGGAGAAGUUAUCGAAGGGUAUGGAAUGACAGAAACUUCAUGUGUCAUUACUGUCAUGGAUUUAGGUGACAACCAAGUGGGCCACGUCGGCUCUCCUAAUCCAGCUUGUGAAGUGAAGCUUGAGGAUGUUCCAGAAAUGAACUACACUUCUCAGGAUCAGCCCUAUCCACGCGGCGAAAUAUGUGUGAGGGGUCCCAUCGUCUUCCAGGGCUAUUAUAAAGACGAAACUCAAACGAGAGAAGUGAUCGAUGGAGAAGGUUGGCUACACACUGGAGAUAUUGGAUUAUGGCUACCAGGAGGACGUCUGAAGAUCAUUGACAGAAAGAAGAACAUUUUCAAGCUAGCCCAAGGAGAGUACAUUGCUCCCGAGAAGAUAGAGAAUGUGUAUGCCAAGUGCAGAUUUGUUGCUCAAUGCUUCAUCUAUGGUGAUAGUUUCAACUCUUCUUUGGUAGCUGUUGUUGCUGUUGACCCAGAUGUGUUGAGAGAUUGGGCUGCCUCUCAGGGACUCAAGCACAACGAUUUGGAGCAACUAUGCAAUGAUCCAAGAACAAAAGCAACUGUAUUAGCGGAGAUGGAUGCUAUUGGUAGAGAAGCUCAGCUACGAGGGUUUGAGUUCGCGAAAGCUGUGACGUUGGUGGCAGAACCGUUUACAUUAGAGAAUGGACUGCUCACACCAACUUUUAAGAUAAAGAGAGCUCAAGCGAAGGCAUACUUCCAGAGUGCGAUAACAGAAAUGUACAAAGAGCUUGCUGCAUCUGAAACGCCUGCUAAGUCAGCAUUAUGACACUACGCAGAAUCGAAAUCAAGAAUUAUAUGACCGAUUCUCAUGGAUCGAAAUGUUCAUCGCCUGAGCCUUCUUUGAAACUACAGAAGUGAAAUCCAUUGGCAUAUUACUUUGUGCUUGGUCCUCUGGCUAUGGCCUGAGAAUAUUAGUGUCCAUUACUUGUUUAUUAUUGACAGAUCUCAUUAGAAGCUAUACAGUAUACAUACUGUAAAUUGAGGGAAAAUUGAAUGAUGGGCGGGUAGGAUGGAUGGAUGAAUGGUUGGUUGGUUGAAGCGUGCUAAACUUUCACUUCUGGUGGUGAGGGGCUGUUCUCCGCUGCCUUUCCUAGGCCAUCAGUUCAGUUUUUCCCUGUCAUAUUUUCAAUUUCAACUGUCUCAUACUGGCCUUUGUUUGUGCUUCUGCAUCGAAAAGUUCGUGGUCUGAAUCUUUAUGGAACGAUAGAAGUGAAAUCAAUUGAUAUACAACUUUAUCCUUGAUCAUCUGGUUCUUUUUUCUUCAUAUAGAGAUUACAAGAAGGAAAAUAUUUAUAAGUCACCCAACAAAAUUUCUAGUAAUUUUGGAAUCACUCGCAAUCGUCGACAAAGAGUCUAACUGUCGAUGCAAAGCUUGUUUUGGCACUAAAUCAACAGUUAAUAUAUAUAAAGUUUAAGCAGGGUUACUAUUGCCUAACUUCCCAUAGAGCUUUGCUAAAGUACACUAUUGUAAUUUGUUUUAGUAACCUAUAAGCUAAUGGAAACAAACCUAAUAUAAAACUUUAUAGACCAACCAGGCAACUACUGCUCCCUAAUAACAAUCCUGUUGUAGUUGUUCCUAUCUUACACCACCUUUUUGCACUCCCAUUACCUAGUCAUCCAAUGUUUUUUAGAGAAUAAAAAUUUAGUUUUCAGCCGAUUUUAUUGCAUGUAUUUAAGUUCCUAUUUUUAGAUGUAGUUUUUCCUAUUUUAUCUUUAUGCACUUGCCUUAUCUUGGUCAUCACAUAUUUUUCACUUACUUUAUCUCUGUCAUCCAAAAUUUUUCUCUAUCUGUUUCUCGAUUUGAGAAUCAAGAUUGAUUCAUGUGUCAUCUUUGUGGCAACAUAUCGGUGGGUUUUUUUUUUUGCCAAUACUGUUUCCUCUUCUAUUUGAACAUGAGAAUAUUCAUCUUCAUUGUGUUGUUUUAUGAAUUUUCCUAACACUCUCCUCAAUUUAAAAAUCACGAUGGUUCCCUAUUGUUUCAUUAUAUCCCUACGUGCUUCUUGAUUUGAGAAAGAUGAUAGUUCAUAAACUCAUUAAUUAAUUUCUACUCGCGUUGCUCGAUCGUCACAGUUUUCUUUAACAAAACAAAUAUUUUAAACCCGUUAUUUCAUGUACUUUUUCAAACAAACUUCUCCUCUUAAAAAAAAACCCAUGGACCUUGACCAAGGAGUCGCUAUAUUCACAUCAUCAUUGUAAAAUUUUCACCAUUCAAUGAAUGUCUAUUGCCCGA